AUGUCCGGUAACUCAGACCCUCUGACUGAAAAGGAUAGGCUCAAGAAGGCCCGGGAUGAAUUAAAACUCAAGGGUGGACCGGACCGACUAAACGCCGCUCAAGCUCUUUCCCCAAUCUGGCCGGCAGAACCAAAACGAGCCUUGAAACAAGCUAAAGAAUGCCUCGGUCUUGCACUUGUCGAUGUUCUUUGGGGCGUCGAAUGCGUCUUGUGGGAUGGAACUAAGAUGGUCCUCUUUACCAGUGUGAAGACCAUCGCGGACGAAUGCCAAACCCUUUUCGGUUGGAAAGUCGACAAAAAAGACGGCCCUACCUACAAGUACAGCGAAAGUUUCUAUGACAAGGAAAACAAGCAAGAGCGAGCGUGGAACCGAGUGUGGCUGGAAUGGAUCGUUCCCCCUAGCCAGUGGAGCGUCAUGUUCAUUAGUGGUCUGAACGAAAAUAAAAACAUAGACAGGUGGCACACUUGUACCGUUCAGCGAGGACGUGAGUUGAUCAACCAUAUCGUUGCUUUGAGGCUCAAAAUCUAA